GAAAACGACCCGUGCCAAAGAACUAGGUGUGCGCGAGUGUACGAGGGUGCGGCGGGCUUCCCCACCUGGGGCCGCACCACUGUAACCGCUGCCCCGGCCGCCGCCGCUCCUUCUCGGGCCGGCCGGCGGAGAGCGCAGCGCGGCGUGGCCGGCGGCAUGGCUGUGUCUUGGAGGAACUGGUUGGCCAACGAAGGGGUUAAACACCUCUGCCUGUUUAUCUGGCUCUCCCUGAAUGUCUUGCUUUUCUGGAAAACCUUCCUGCUGUAUAACCAAGGGCCAGAGUAUCACUACCUCCAUCAGAUGUUAGGGCUAGGAUUGUGUCUAAGCAGAGCCUCCGCAUCUGUUCUUAACCUCAACUGCAGCCUUAUCCUUUUACCUGUGUGUCGGACGCUCCUGGCUUACCUUCGAGGAUCCCAGAAGGUUCCAAGCAGGAGAACCAGAAGAUUGUUGGAUAAAAGCCGAACAUUCCAUAUAACCUGUGGUGUGACUAUCUGUAUUUUUUCAGGUGUGCACGUGGCUGCCCAUCUGGUAAACGCCCUCAACUUCUCAGUGAACUUCAGCGAGGAUUUUGCUGAACUGAACGCAGCGAGAUACCGAGAUGAGGAUCCUAGAAAACUUCUCUUCACAACUGUUCCUGGGCUGACGGGUGUCGGCAUGGUGUUGGUGCUCUUCCUAAUGAUUACAGCUUCUACAUACGCAAUACGAGUUUCCAACUAUGACAUCUUCUGGUAUACUCAUAAUCUCUUCUUUGUCUUCUACAUGCUGCUGAUAUUACAUGUUUCAGGAGGGUUGCUGAAGUAUCAAGCUAAUUUAGAUACCCACCCUCCUGGCUGCGUCAAUCCUAAUGGAACCCGGUACCAGAAUGUUCACUUACCAGACCACAGCUUGGAACAUUUUCAUGACUCUUUCUCUGGAGGACUUUCAAAACCAGAUGAACUUACCAAAAACAGAUCUGUGAACAUUUGUAUGGAAGAGCCCAGAUUUCAAGCUAAUUUUCCACAGACUUGGCUUUGGAUUUCUGGACCCCUGUGCCUAUAUUGUGCUGAAAGACUUUACAGGUGUAUCCGGAGCAAUAAACCAGUUACCAUCAUCUCGGUCAUAAGUCAUCCCUCAGAUGUCAUGGAAAUCCGAAUGAUUAAAGAAAACUUUAAAGCAAGACCUGGCCAGUAUAUUAUUCUACAUUGUCCCAGUGUGUCUGCAUUAGAAAACCAUCCAUUUACCCUCACAAUGUGUCCUACUGAAACCAAAGCAACAUUUGGGGUCCACCUUAAAAUAGUAGGAGACUGGACAGAACGGUUUCGAGAUUUACUACUUCCUCCACCUAAUCAAGACUCUGAGAUUCUGCCCUUCAUUCAAUCUAGAAAGUAUCCCAAGCUCUACAUUGACGGUCCAUUUGGAAGUCCAUUUGAGGAAUCAUUGAACUACGAGGUUAGCCUCUGUGUGGCAGGAGGCAUUGGAGUAACUCCAUUUGCAUCAAUACUCAACACCCUGCUGGAUGACUGGAAACCAUACAAGCUUAGAAGACUGUAUUUUAUUUGGGUGUGCAGAGACAUCCAGUCCUUCCGUUGGUUUGCAGACUUACUCUGUAUGUUACAUAACAAGUUUUGGCAAGAGAACAGACCCGACUAUGUCAACAUCCAGUUGUACCUCAGUCAAACAGAUGGGAUACAGAAAAUAAUUGGAGAAAAAUAUCAAGCACUGAAUUCAAGACUUUUUAUUGGACGUCCUCGGUGGAAACUUCUGUUUGAUGAAAUAGCAAAAUGUAACAGAGGGAAAACGGUUGGUGUUUUCUGCUGCGGACCCAAUUCAAUUUCUAAGACUCUUCAUAAACUGAGUAACCAAAACAACCCAUAUGGGACAAGAUUUGAAUACAAUAAAGAAUCUUUCAGCUGAAAGCCUUUGAGAGGAGCCGGGACUCUGAACAAGGAAUGAGUGCAAUUUCUAAGACUUUGAAGCUCAGCUGAAUCAAGUAGCUGUACCAUGCCAAAGAGUAGCAAGUUUUUCUUAUUUAUGAUUAUUUAAAAUGGAAAAGCAGAGGAUGUGGCAAGAUGACAGGUCACAUUACAUGUUUAAUCGGGAAACCAAAGAGGCCCUGAAGAAUAGUUGCUCUGAUGAUUCACUUUCCAGUGCUCAAAUGAAAAGAAAACUAUUAGAUGCACCCUGUUGAUUUUUAUGGCAGAUUCAAGAACUCCCUAGGGAGGCACCGCACUUGCUCACUGUGAGGCUGAUAGCCUUGGUCCUCUUUAAAUUGUUUUUGGUUGAACACAUGCAAGAUUGAAUGAAAUUAAAAAUGCAUUGAAACUCAGAUUACAUUUUCUAUGUGAGUAUAAACAGAGUAGCUUUGAUUGAGGAAAGCUCCAGGCAAAUAUAGUAGAUGUUUGAAGAUACAGCACAGGACUCUGUAUUAAUACGGGUACUUUGUGUCUUCUCUUCCUCACUACUGAUGCUAAUACCUCUAUUUGAUGUCUGUGGCCUUAAUGCCAAAUGAACUUUGGUAGAUGUUGCUAGAGUAUCUAUUUUUAUAUUUUUCUUUCUUCUUUUUUCCUUUGUCUACGGAAAUCUGCCCUCCUUUGCAUACAUUAGACACGAUGAUUUAAUAGGUCUUUUUCAUCUGCAAUUUGCUAAAUCUAUUACUGUUGCAUAGUAAUGAGGAAAAUAUCACUACUGUAAAUCAUAAUGGAAUAUAUAGACUAAUAACUUUUUCUCUUGUUCAGCAUUUUGGCCUCUGUUAUUCUUAUUUACUUUCUUCCCCAACAUAGAUUGUCUUAUUUUUCACCUCUGAAGGUACUUUGUUUAAUUUGCACUUUGAGACUGAAGAGCACUGUGUGUCUCAGUGGUCACUGAGAUAUACAAUAUCUCUCUUUUGCCACACGUUGGUUUAUACUGGAGACAUGGAAAGUGCAGUGAUGUUCCUGAACACCAACAACCAAACCCUGUACUUUACUUUCUACACAAGAGGAAAUACUUCAUUAAUUAUUUGAAUUUAAGUUCAGAAUCAGGAAUAUUAUUUGUUGCACUGUCUGGUAUUCAGGGUCUUGAAGGGGAAAUUAUCGAGUUUAAAGUCACUGUUGGGACAAUACUGCAUGAUCCUAUCACUUUAUGCUCACUGGCCAUUAUAUUCUUGGCUCAGAGGAAAACAUUACCCUACAUUAAGAAUUUAGUCAUUUUUGCAGGUUAGUGAUUUUGUUUUGUAGACAUCUAUCAAUCGAUAUCAAGUAGAGCACAUUGCUGAAAUAAAUAAAAUGACUUAUCUUGCCUUUGUUAAAAUUGUGCAUGGUUUCACAGAACAUGACAGAUGUUAUCAUCAUAUUUUUGCUCUGAUUCACCAAUAGCAAUCAAGUAUGGUAAACCACCUAGCAUUGAAUGCCCCUGAACAUAUUACUUAUAGAUAUUUCUUCUUUUCCUUGGAAUUCUUUCUUCUUCCUUCUGCGGAGGGAAGACAAGUCAGAAAAAGAUAUGGGAAAUGUGCAAUGUUCCUACAGAUUUAGCUCUGAAGCCGUAUUUGAUAACCAGUACAUCUUGGCAACACUUUCUAAAUCAAAAAGAAUUUUCAUAAAAACACAGAAAGAACAAGUAAAAAGGAAUUUAAAUUAGUAGAGGCUUGAUGUGCAAUACUGACUCUUUGCCGAUCAUAGUUUAUUGAUGUGAUUAUAUUAAUAUGCCUAAUUUCAGUAAAAGAAGAUUUUUUUCAGAAAAGGAGACCUUUUUCCAGGUAGGUCUGCUAUUCUGGAUGAACAGCUUUGUCUCUUUGAAAUUCUAGUUGAUGUUCAAACAUGGAGUGUUAAAUACAAGUCAUCUCUGCUUCUGUAGGUAAUAAUAAAUUAGAUUUUCAUCAUGCGUGUAGA